CAGCCACUUAGGAAGACUGAGCUAUUAACUUUCUCCUUGGCUGCUGCCAUCCACAAUAAGAGGCUGUGACAGGUUUAUACUCCUCCGCUUUAAGAUGGACAGAAGAAAUUCUAUUUCUUUGCUGUUGAUACUACAAGGUGCCUUUUUGAAAUUCUGCAUCUCCUACAAUGUCGGACUAUCAGGGAAUAAAAUAUUUUCGGGACCACCAGGUGUACAAUUCGGUUAUGCCGUACAGCAGUUCAGCAAUCAGGAUGGAGACUGGUUACUGGUGAGUUCUCCUUGGAGCGGCUAUCCCAAAAACAGGAUGGGAGAUGUCUAUAAAUGUCCUCUCAACUCCCAGACAAGGUGUGAUAAAAUGGACCUGCCAAGUGCAACUGUGAUCCCAAAUGUUACUGAGGUAAAGGAGGAGAUGAACCUUGGGCUGACAUUGAUAAGAAAUGAAGAUACAGGUGGAUUUUUGACAUGUGGCCCCUUAUGGGCACAGCAAUGCGGAAAAGAUUAUUAUGCUACAGGUGUAUGCAAUGACAUAAGUCCUACCUUCCAAGUACUAAGAAGCUUUUCUCCAGCUCUUCAAACCUGUUCUUCUUACAUCGACAUUGCUAUAGUGUGUGAUGGUUCGAACAGUAUUUACCCAUGGUCAGCUGUACGAAAUUUCUUGGAGAAGUUUGUGGAGGGCUUAGAUAUUGGACCGACAAAGACUCAGGUGAGUCUCAUACAGUAUGGGAACUAUCCGAACGUCAUGUUUAAAAUGAAUACCUACAAGAACAAAGAUGCCAUGAAAAAUGCAAUAUCAAGUAUCAAUCAGAUGGGUGGAGAUCAGACAAACACAUUCAAGGCUAUUGACUAUACCAGGCAGUAUGCUUUUUCUGCUGACUAUGGUGGUCGGCCAAAUGCCAACAAAGUGAUGGUGGUCAUUACUGAUGGGGAAUCUCAUGACAGUGCAAUGCUGAAAGAAGUCAUUUCACGCUGUGAACAGGAUAAGAUCACCCGAUUUGGCAUUGCAGUUUUAGGUUACUACAACAGAUACAGUAUUGACAGUAAGAAACUCAUCGAAGAAAUCAAAGCCAUUACAAGUGAUCCCAAGGAGAAGUUUUUCUUCAACGUGUCCGAUGAAGUUGCACUGUUAGACAAGGCUGGGACCCUAGGAGAGAGAAUUUUUAGUAUUGAAGGUACAGCACAAGGAGGUGAUACCUUCCAGAUGGAAAUGGCACAAGUUGGCUUUAGUGCACAAUAUUCAAAAAUGAAGGCAUCAUUGGUGUUGGGAGCUGUCGGAGCUUAUGACUGGAGUGGCACUAUAGUUCAUCAGAAUGAGAAGCAGUUUUCCAUUUUUCCUUUUAAUGCAUUUGAGAAGGUUAUUCAUGGGAGAAAUGAAAGCUCUUAUCUAGGAUAUUCUGUGGCUCUGAUCAACAUGGCAAAAACUGUAAAUUUUGUUGGGGGAGCUCCAAGAACCAACUACACUGGACAAGUUGUAGUGUACAACAUAAACAUCCAAGGGAAUGUGACAAUUCUACAGAUUCAGAAAGGAGAACAGAUCGGUUCGUAUUUCGGCAGUGUGCUGUGCUCUGUGGAUGUUGACAGGGAUUCAGUGACUGACAUUCUAUUAGUGGGAGCUCCGAUGUAUAUGAAUGAGUACAAGAAAGAACAAGGUCAAGUUUAUUUGUUUACUAUCAAGGCGGGAAUCUUACACCAGCGUGAACUUUUGGAAGGCCCUAAAAGUGUGGAAAAUACCAGGUUUGGAGCAGCAAUAGCUGCCCUUACAGAUAUAGAUUUAGACGGAUUUAAUGAUGUCAUUGUUGGAGCACCCUUGGAAAACCAGAACAGUGGAGCAGUUUAUAUAUAUAACGGCUAUAAAAACACAAUAAGAACUAAAUAUUCCCAGAAAAUACUUGGUUCCUCAUUCACACCGUCCCUGCAGUUUUUUGGUCAAUCAUUGGAUGGUCAUAAAGAUUUGAAUGGAGAUACCAUCACAGACGUAACUGUUGGUGCCUAUGAGAAAGUUAUUCAGUUCUGGUCACAGGGUAUUGCAGAUGUAUCUGUGAAGGUUACAUUUAUUCCAGAUAAAAUCGUCCUCACAAAUAAGAAUAGUGAAAUUGCUGUGAAAAUCUGCUUUGCUGCUCGCUUCAGACCUGCAAACUCCAGACAACAAUUGGUGUCUAUCACUUACAAUGCAACGCUGGAUGCGGAUCUCAUGUCAUCACGAGUGACAUCUAGGGGACAGUUUAAGGAAAACGGAGACCGGUUCAUAACUAAGGCCAUUGAGAUAGGCACAGCCGAAAGAUGCACUGAGCAUGUUUUUAAUGUUCAGGAGACAUCAGACUCAGAGAACGCCUUGCCAUUGCGCAUUAAUAUUGCUGCCCAGAAGCCAGACAGCAGUCCUGUCUUGAAUCCUUAUUCAUCCGGCUCAAGUGAAUGGCUUAUUCCCUUCCAAAAAGACUGUGGUGAUGAUAAUAUUUGUCAUUCAGACCUUUCCCUACAAGUGGUACAAAAACCUGAUGAUGGGAAACAUCCGUACAUUGUCAGUGACAAAAACAGACGGCUGAUGUUCCAAGUAACAUUGAUGAAUAAAAAGGAAAACUCGUACAACACCAAACUUAAGGCAGUUUUCUCAGAAAAUCUUUUCUUUGCAUCUUCAACUUCUCCUAACGAUGGAACAGAAGUUUUGUGCCAAGUUGGCAGCGCACAGGGGUCCGUAAGCUGUCUGGUGGGAUUCCCUUUUCUGAAGGACCAGCAAAAGGUUAAAUUUGAUAUUGGAUUUGAUUUCAACCUCAAGUAUCUUCAGGAUAAAGCUUACAUCUACUUCCAGGCUACAAGUGAAAGCUAUGAGGAUUUUUCUCAAGACAAUACAGUGAACAUAUCUAUCCCUGUAAAGUACAACACAGAGAUGCACUUCACAAGGUCUUCAAGCAUAAACUUUUAUGAGGUGUUUCCGGUGGCUACUGCUCCAUCAAAGAUAAAUCACCUUGAAGAAAUUGGCCCAGAAUAUAAUUUCACUAUAAAGAUCAGUAUGGGGACAAUUCCAGUAACCUCAGCAUUCGUAACCGUUAAUGUGCCAGAGUUUACAAACCAAAACAAUCCCUUGAUGUACAUCACAGAUAUUCAAACAGACCAGGUUAAAGGAAUAAGUUGCAAUGCCGUCACCAAUCCUCUUCAUGUCGGAAAAAAAGAAUAUGCGGUUAUAUUCACAGAAGAGAAAUUUACGAACAUCCAAGAAUUAACCUGUGAUAAUACUAGAUGCGCCACAUUCAAAUGCCUGAUGAAAGAUCUUCAGCUGAGAGAAGAUUACUUUGUUAAUGUAUCUACCAGAAUCUGGAACGGGACAUUUGCAGCUGCAUCAUUCCAAUCAUUGGAGCUGGUAGCGAGUGCAACACUUGAAACCCUUAACCCUGAAAUAUUUGUUGUCAACAACAACAAGUUAUCGAUCUCACUCACUAUUAUAAAACCAGGUGAGAAAGCGGAAGUCCCUAUUGGCGUGGUGGUUGGAAGUGCCAUAGCCGGACUUUUACUUCUUGCUGCUUUGGUGGCUGCUUUGUGGAAGCUCGGAUUUUUCAAAAGAAAAUAUGAAAAACUUCAGAAAACUGAAGAUGAACUUGCUGAGACUGCACAACUAAAUUAAAGAUGGAAUCGUUUAAUGUAUAUUUUUUGGGGAGAGGGGAAGGGG